AUGGAAUUGCCGCUUACGAUGAAUGCUGUCGUGUUCGACGGUCCGUACAAGGUUUCGCUUCAGCAACGGCUCUCUGUGGAUCGUGCUGAACUUCAUACGUUCAGAGGUCACCAACCCUCGAACACAGGAUUCAUUAUGGGCCACGAGUUCGCUGGCACGGUUGUGGCAGCUGGUAACGAUGUUAAAUCAGUCAAGAUUGGGGAUAAGGUGGUAUCUCCUUUCACCGUGUCCUGCAUGAACUGCUUUUACUGCAAAAAUGGGUAUUCGUCUCGGUGUGACCAUAGCUUAUUGUUUGGCUCGGAAAAGCUGGAUGGCGCUCAAGCGGAUUAUGUACGCGUACCCCUUGCAGACGGUACAGCCAUGAAGGCGCCGCCCGAGAUCGACGACAAUGCUUUGGUGUUCAUGGCAGACAUAUUCCCGACAGGCUUCUUUGGCGCCAGGAAUGCAUUCAAUGGCCUCCGUUCGCAAGAUCCGUCCGAAGCCACAGUGGUGGUUAUCGGUUGCGGACCGGUAGGACUAUGUGCCAUAGUUUCGGCGCUAGAGUACAAGCCAAAACAUCUCUUCGCCAUUGAUAGCGUCGAUAGCCGUCUUGAACUCGCAAAGGGCUUGGGUGCAGAGCCCCUUAACUUCGCGAAGGACCGGUCGGCUAUGAUUGCUCGAAUCAAAGAAGUCACAGAUGGCCGAGGAGCAGAUGCAGUUAUUGAAGUAGUUGGCUUAAGCCCCGCCUUGAAAACGGCCUUUGAUGUCCUGAGACCUUUCGGGUUCAUAAGCAGUAUAGGCGUCCACAAUGCCGAGAUCCCAUUUAGUGGUACCGAAGGGUAUAACAAAAACGUGAGGUUACAAAUGGGAAGAUGUCCAGUCCGCUCGAUAUUCGCCGAUGCACUCAGCGUCCUCGCAAGAAAUCAACAUAAAUUUAAGUUCAUGUUCGAGAAAAUCAUGCCCCUUUCUAUGGCCGUAUCUGGAUACGAUCUGUUUGAUAAGAUGCAAGUGCAAAAGGUAAUUUUCAAGCCAUGA